UUUAGGACCAGCUGCAUCUGUCUGUACUUGUCCUUCAGUCUCAGUCUCUCGGUCUCUCCGCUGGCACGGCUGCUGCUGGGACCUACAUACACCACAGACAGAAACACACACCACCAUGGGUUGCUGGAACAAGCUGUGUGGGCUAAAGGCUGGAAUUGGGGCUGGAAUUGCAGUGGCCAUAUUAGGUAUAAUCCUUAUCCCCGUGGGGAACAAUAUCAUCCGUGAGACUGUUACAAAGGAAUCGGUCAUCGAGCCUGGAACCACAGCCUGGGACAACUGGGUGUCUGGAGACGCACCUGUGUACAGACAGUUCUGGCUCUUUGACGUGCAGAACCCACAGGACGUGGUGGAGAAUGGGUCAAAGCCCAAAUUGGUGGAGAAAGGGCCCUACACAUACAAGACGCGGUACCUGCCCAAAGAGAACAUCACGGCCAACCCAGAGGACCACACCAUCUCCUUCCUGCUCCCUGCGGGGGCCAUAUUUGAGCCCUCCAUGUCUGUGGGGUCUGAGGACGACAGUGUCACCUCCCUCAACCUAGCUGUGGCUGGUGGGUACAAGUUGUUUCCCCCAUGGGUACUGGAAGCUGCAAUGAAGUUAAACAAUGUCUCCCUCUUCCAGCGACGGACAGUGAGGGAAAUACUCUGGGGUUACAAAGACCCCAUUCUGAAAGGGACACUGGGCCUCUUUUUUCCUUACAACGGCACCUAUGAUGGGCCAUACAGUGUCUUCACAGGCAAGGAUGACAUCUCUAAAGUGUCUAUCAUUGACAGCUGGCAGGGGGAAAAGAAGGUGUCUUUCUGGAACAACACAUACUGCGACAUGAUCAACGGCACAGAUGGCUCGUCAUUCUCUCCCUUCCUGGACAAGAAGAAGCCUCUGUACUUCUUCUCCCCUGACAUCAGCAGGUCUGUGUCAGCUGAGUAUGAGAGGAGCCUGGACCUGAAGGGGAUCGAGGUGUACCGGUUCAAACUGCCCCCGCUCACCCUAGCCUCCCCUGCAGUCAACCCAGACAACCAGUGCUUCUGCACGGACUACGUGGUCACUAAGAACUGCACAUUGGCCGGAGUCCUGGACAUCAGCUCCUCUCGUGGACAACCAGUCUACAUCUCCCUGCCUCACUUCCUGCAUGGUAGUCCAUACCUGGUUGAAGAUGUGGAGGGCCUUGGUCCUCGUGAGGAACAUCACGUCACAUUCCUGGAUGUGGAACCGACAACAGGGUUCAGUCUGAGGUUCGCUAAGAGACUGCAGGUGAACAUGAUGUACGGCCCCUCCAAGAUCAUCACGGUGUUAAAGAAAGUGAAGGACUACACCAUACUCCCUAUAGUUUGGCUAAACGAGACGGCAUCCCUGGAUGACGAGACAGCGGACAGGUUUAAGAAGGAGCUGUUAUCUCGUGUUGACAUGCUGGAGACGGUGCAGUUCACGCUGAUAGGCUUAGGGUCAGCAGCCUUGGUACUCUGCACAGUGGCACAUUGUUUGGUAAGCAGAAACAACAACAAGCUUGUGUGAGAGGGACAAUGCUGCUGGACAACAGAGGAACAGCGGGGGUACAAGGAUAUCAGUGUGCUGUAACUUGUCACUUUUAAUAUCACGCACAUUCUUAAUUUCAGUGUUAUUUACGAUGUGAACAUUCUUGCUCUUUUACAUAGCGAGGAUAUAUUGUAGACAUUGUGUGAGCCAGAAAGUACUUUUUUUGUACAAAUUCUUAUAAAUUGUUCUUUCAUGUUGUUGUAAUUUGAUUUGCACACACCUCCCUGCUAGAUUUUGGUCAGGGAUCUUGAAAGCUAGAAUAUACAGCAGGUUGAAAUUGCUAUGACAUUAAUGUAGCGAACAUUCAUGACUCCAAUAAAAAGAAAUCAAGCUGAUUCAAAUGUAUUCAACUUAAUCUCGGCUCACACUGAAGUUGAGCCAUGAAUAUCGAUGGAGGCAGGAACGGGGAGGAAGUGAAGUUAUUUUAUGAUACCCUGCUUCUCAAGGGGUCUUAAGUAGGGUUAUGACACGGCAUGAGUCUAGCAAAACUGGCCCACAUCCCCAUGGGAAGUAACCAGCUUAGGUUCUCUCAUUGCUGGAACAAACCGCUCUAUUGUACAUUUGAAGCCAAUUUAUUUAGUUUCCCUUUCACCUCAUGUGGCCCGUAAAUCAAAGUGAGAGUGAAAACACCCCCAUACGGAUGAUUAUUCUGUGGUUUCUGCAUGGCACUCGGGUUUGUUUGGUGAGAAAGCACUUUUUUUGCCCUGCAGGAAACCUCUCUUACUUUUAGGGGGUUUUAAAUGACCAUUUGCCAAUUCCCGGGGCUCUUUGAUACUUCUGUCUACUCUAGAGAGUACAGUAACAGUGGAAAGUGAGAUUGAAGGAGCCUUCUCUGCACCAGUUCACUCUGUAAGGAAGCCAUUUUCUUUCUAAGCCAUAUUUUCUAAGAUGUGUGACUGUUUGUAAAUGAAUAUUAAAUACCGAGUAUGAAUCUACAAAUGGACACUAACCAAUAUUCAAUGCUAGUUCUAACAACAGCUACUGAUAUCUUCAUUGAAAUAUUCUGAAGGAAAGUAAGGCCAAUUUGUAAAAUGUUUAAACUUGUGGGUACCUAAUAAAUCACAUUGUAAGUCUA